AUCUUCUCGGCAGGAUAAAAAUUUCAAGAUCGUUUGGGAUUUGAAGAUCCCUUCGAAGGUGGCUGCUUUUGUUUGGAAGAUAGUGCAGAAUAGAAUCCCAACGAAGGAUAACUAGGUGAAAAGAGGUGUGUUUAUUGAUACAGAAGGCCUUUUCAUGCCCCUUCUGCGGCCAACACACGGAAACUGCAGAGUAUGUUCUGUGUUUUGUGCAAAAAAGCUUGGAAAGUUUGGACAUCGUGCUAGAAAAUGGUGGGGGAUUCAAGUGGCAGCUCAACCAGGAGGAUGAGAACAUCUGCUGCAACAUAUUGGACUGGAACCUAAUGGAUGGUACCAGAGGCAUGAAAAAGUGGUGUGGUUUUCCAUUGUAUGGUCUCUGUGGUUGUGACGCAACAAGAAGACUCUUCGGAUGAAGAACAACCUAUAAGCAAGGUAAUUUGAGCUAAUCAAAUUCAGAUCUUAUUAUUGGAUCAAAGCUAGCUUAUGGCCUGAUUUAAACUCUAAAUGCUGGCUUAAAUCUCCACGGGUGGCUGUUUCUUUGGCCCUUUACUAACGUCUGGUUGGGAUGAAAUUUGAGUUAAUUUGGCUCUAGGUUAGUAAAUUGUGUGUCUUCGAUUUCUGAGUGCAGACAUGGAGAAACACCUUACAACUUUGAUCAAAGCAUCAACUCGUAUACAUAAUUGAAUGGGAAAGCCUAUUUGGAUUCACCAAAUUCAUAAUAAAAAUGACAUUCGCAA